AUGAAACGGAUAUCUCUCGUGAAUCACACCACCGACGUGCUGGUAUGGGGAAGUUGCGACUUGGUAGAACAUGAAAUCCUCUCUCCUUCAGUUUCGACAUCGAUCUCGCUCUCCAAGUUCCAUACGUCUGUGACCAUUGCUGUCGUAUCAGCCUCGGCCAAUGUCGACAAGGAAUGGGCCGUGCCCGCAAAGGCAUUCACGAUACGGUUACCAUUGUCGCUGGGAGCAAGCUGGAAAGCGGUGGAAGUGGAGAAAGGUUGUCCGUGGCGGAUAUAUCAGAGCAGGGUGUCGAAGAAGCACCACAGGUUACUGAUCCUACCCCGUCGGGACAUGUCGACAUUCCUCGCGGAGAUGCCGGACUCUCUACCUCUAUCCUCGCUGCUCCUUCCUGGAACACACGACACCAUGGCUUUUUAUGGCUGGCCAAUAUCGCAAUGCCAAUCUCUCACCACGCCCCUGGCAGUGCAGCUGCAAUUCGGUAUCAGGGUCCUCGACAUCCGCCUAGCUGUGAUCGAGAACCGGCUGAUAUCCUACCACGGCGCGUACCCUGAACGCGCGCCCUUCCAGGAAAUCCUCGCGACCGUGCACGCGUUCCUCACUGCUUCGACAACUUGCCACGAGACAAUUGUGAUGUCAAUCAAGCAGGAGGACUUCAUGAAAACUUCAAUUGUCCUGUUCUCUCAACUGGUGCGCGACGAGAUCUUGCAUGGCCCCGGAGGUAGAGAUAUGUGGUUCUUCGAGAACCGCAUACCGCACCUCGGUGAGGUUCGCGGGAAGGUCGUGCUAUUUAGUCGAUUUGGCGGGGAUGGCUCGGACUGGGAAGGCGGACUCGAAGGCCUCGGCAUACACCCUACGGCAUGGCCCGACAGCUCUAAGUGGGGAUUCACCUGGCAGUGCAAGGACACACUUGUUCGGACACAUGACUGGUACAAUAUACCCUCGUUCUUGUCGAUACCCGAAAAGACAGAACUCUCCACGCAGAUCCUUCAGCCCGACGAUCCGCCUUUCCCCACACUAUCGAUCUCCUAUUUUUCCGCAUCCUCGUUUCCGCUGGCGUUCCCCCCGACUAUUGCACAAGGGUUCGGUUGGCCGAGAUUUGGCCUUGGCGUCGAGGGCGUGAACACGCGGGUGGGGAAAUGGCUCCUCGAUUUGUUCGGCGGGAACGUGAGGAACACGGAUAAGGAGGGAUCUGCGGGAGAUGAGGUGCGCAUCCGAGGGUGGACACUGAUGGACUUUUUCAAGGACCCGGGAGACAACGCCCUCGUGCCUUUGUUGGUUGAGUGCAACUUCAGAGGGAGGAAGGAGGGUGAGGAGGGCUGGUUAUGA